AUGGUUCAUUAUUCAUGUCCAGGCUGAGUUUAUUUAAGGAGGGGCUAUAUGGCGAGAUUGCGCAAGCAGUAUAAAAAGUAACGGAUCUCUAUUGCGCGCACAGUGUCACUGUGUGGAGAUGUCAUGGUUUUAACGAGAAAGUGAAAUGUUUAAUAAUUCCCCUGAACAUGUGCAUCAACAAACCAGGGCUAAGCUAAUUAAAAACCCUCAGCUGGACCAUGUGCAUGACCAAGCUGCUUCUAUUUCAUUCACAAUCCUGCUAGUCUUGCAUGUUUUACUGCAAACCAGUAACGCCAAACACCUCCGCAUCAUAAAGCCGAGGUGUAAAAAGUUAUCAAACUACACCAAAUCCGAUUCAUCGUGCGUCAAUGCCCACAAGCAUGCAUAAAUAUGUGCCAGAUAACUGCAUGAUCUUCUAGUUAAAGAUUUAGGAUACCAUAUGGUUAUUAGAAGCGGUGACAUCAGCCAUUCUCACAGGCAGACAGGGCGAAGAGAGAAGUUUAAACCCCAGCUGCUGCUCAGAAGACGACGGAUCCCACGUUUCGCCCCACACCAUCAAAACCUUAAGUUAGAUUUUUAGUGAAGUUAUCAGCGACAUCAGUGAAGUUUUGGCCCGAGAGGACAGCACAUCAUGACCCGGAGAUCAUGUGCCAUUUACGCCACGGGGAUCGUGUGCGCUCACCUUCUGAUCGUGGGAAUCGCCUUAGUCGUGGCUCAAGUCUUCCAAACAAUGAUACACAACCGGUUAAAAAAGGAAAUCACUUUGACAGAGAACAGCCAAGUGUUUGAGUCGUGGAAAAAUCCACCUCCACCCGUUUUUAUGGAGUAUUACUUUUUCAAUGUGACCAAUCCAGAGGUGUUCUUGGCAGGUGGGAAGGCAGCUGUCAAACAGAUGGGACCCUAUACUUACAGGGAAUACAGGCCAAGGGAAAACAUAACUUUCCUGGAGAACGGCACCAAGGUUUACGCCCUGAACCCCAGAACUUUUGUUUUUGUGCCUGAGAGGUCUGCUGGUGAUCCCAAGGUCGAUUAUGUCACGACUGUUAACAUCCCAUUUGUGGCGGUGAUGAACGAGCUUAACUCCUACUCCUUCUUCAUGCGACCUCUUGUGUCCAUAUAUUUGAAAAGCCAGGGUAUUGAAGUGUUCAUGAACCGUACUGUCCAUGAGAUUUUGUGGGGCUUCAAAGAUCCUCUUCUCACAAAAGUCCACUCCAUGAAGCCUGACGUGGAUGAAUAUUUUGGGUUUAUGUGGAAGAAAAAUGGCACCCAUGAAGGAGAGUUUGUCUUCCACACUGGCAAGGACAAUUACUUGGAUUAUGGCAAGGUAGACACGUGGAAUGGCCUGAGGCAGAUGUCGUGGUGGUCUUCCAACCAGAGCAACAUGAUCAACGGUACAGAUGGUGCAGUCUUCCACCCUCUGAUAAACAGGAAUGAGUUGCUCUACAUCUUUGCUGCUGAUCUCUGCAGGUCUGUUCAUUUAGCCUAUGUAGAAGACGUGGAGGUGAAAGGCAUUCAGGCUUACCGCUUCACCCCCCCUAAAGACGUCCUCAUGAACCCCAAAGACAACCCCGCUAACGAAGGCUUCUGUGUGCCACGUGGAGACUGUCUCGGCACUGGGGUGCUUAAAGUCAGCGUUUGUCGAGAAGGUGCUCCCAUUGUGGUAUCUUUCCCACACUUUUAUCAAGCGGACCCUAAGUACAUCAAUGCUAUUGAAGGACUCAACCCCAACAAGGAAGAACACGAGACCUAUGUCGACCUCCAACCGACCAUAGGAACUCCCAUUCGUGCCUGCAGGCGAGCCCAGCUCAAUAUCAUUCUGAAGAGAGUUAAAGGCUUCCCCAACACCAGACACAUCAAUGAGACCAUUUUCCCCAUCAUGUUUGUCAAUGAGACAGCGACUAUUGAUGAUGACUCAGCAGCCCAGUUGAGGACACUGCUCCUAAUCCUGACUCUUGCAUCAAACUUCCCCAUGUUCAUAAUAGGCAUGGGCAUCAUCCUGCUGCUGGUGCUCAUUGUCUUGUUCUGCCGAAACCGCCAGAAGAAGAAUGAAGUAAAACGUAUUGAUUUUACUGCAGCUUUUCAUUCUUUUACUACGGCAAAAGAUGACACGGCCUACACUCAGGUCAGCGACAAACCCGACGAGCCAUCAGAAACAUCAGCCAGCCAGCCAGUGAGAAAUGGCUCUUAUAUUGCCAUGUCUCCAGUGGAGGCCCAAAAGUGUUGAUCGACGAUCCCCUCUGCAAGUGUGGAGCUCAGGAAGGGGGCUGAGGGAGCAGUACCAUGGUGUUACGUUACCACGGUUGGGGGUUUGCCCACUCAUUUUCACUUAUUUUGGGGGGUGGGGAGGAUAUGGAUAGGGGUGGGACACAAACUCCAGCAAAUGUUUAGUCAACAAAGACCUUGCUCCUCUCACUGAGCCCUCUUAUGACUGUCUGUCCUCCUCUACUCUACCUGCUGAGCAUGGCCCUCACUGCCCUACUGCAAUACAACAGACUCCCACACUUCUGUUCCUCUUUCCUGUCCUUGUCAGCCCUAAAGAUGAACAGACUCUGGUUGGGCUUGGCCGGGACAAGCCUUUUCCAUAAUUCUUCUGAGGGAACACAGUCGCAUAGGUGUCGGUGCUACACACAGAUGCAUGAUCUUCAGAGCACACUCUGCAGACUAAUUAGGCUUAAAGAGUGUUUAGUAUUCACCUGAACAACAGGGCGUGUUGCUAGUCAUAUUCUUUCUCAUUGCUCUCCAUCAGUGUUGCCUGAGGCGAAAGUCUCAAACUAACAGAUUAAAAAGACAAGAAGGCUCCUGUAAACUGAAUCUUUAUGACAAAACUCUGAGCUCCUGGGCUCAGAGAAUGAAAUGGUUUUGUUAUCAAAGCUGAAUUUAUCAUAUCUUUUUGUAAAAAAAAAA